AUGCCGGUUGGAAUUCCCAAGGUCGUCUAUUUAAUGACGGGAGACGAUGAGGAAUCUUGGACUGAUUUAUACCAUCGACUUUACGAAGAAAGACUUUUAUUUUUAGGUGACGAAGUAAACAGUGAAAUAUCAAAUCAAUUAAAUGGUCUAAUGAUAUUUCUUAGUUUACAGGACAAGACCCGAGAUUUGUAUCUCUUUAUAAAUUCUCCGGGCGGAGAGGUAAUAUCCGGAAUCGCGAUGUUUGAUACUAUGCAAUUUGUAGAAGCAGAAGUAUAUACAAUAUGCGUAGGAUUAGCCGCUUCAAUGGCAUCUCUUAUUUUGCUCGGGGGAGAAAUUACCAAACGUCUAGCAUUCCCUCACGCUAGGGUAAUGAUGCAUGAACCUGUUAUUUCUUUGAAUGACGAAAAAACAGAAGAAUGUACGCUGGACGCGGAUGAAUUACUGAGAAUAUACCAAAGUAUAAUAAAAGUUUAUGUACAAAGAACAGGCAAAUCUCCAUGGCAGAUAGCCGAAGACAUGAGAAGGGAUUGUUUUAUGUCAGCAGAAGAAGCCCAAGCCCACGGAAUUGUUGAUAUGGUCUCGGAUUCUUUGUCUUUUAUUUCUUUUCUAAACCGGGAGGAUGAGGAUAAAGAUGUUUAA